AUGUCUUCAGAUGAGGAAAAUCAACAUGUUUUAUUGGGCGUGAAGAUUGUUGAACUCUAUAAGCUUGUUUGGCAUAAACAUGAUAGAAUGAUUUUGUUUUGCAGUAUUUUAUCUACUGUGUUGUAUAUCCUUCAAACAGCUCUUUUGCCCAUGUAUUCCAAGCUUUCUGAUAUUUAUGGUCGAGCUAGUUGGUACACAUUUGCCAUGGUUCUUUACAUUAUCUCUUACAUUGUCAUGGCUACUUCCAAAACUUAUGCUAAUUUAGUCGGUGCACAAGUCAUUUAUGCUUUUGGUUAUACAGGCUGCGCUAUUCUUGGUCCUGUCACCAUUGCUGAUUUAACCAGUGUUAUUAACCGUGGUCUCUACCAAGGUCUUUACAAUGUUCCUACCCUGAUCAAUCUUUUUGUUACCACAAAAGCAGGUCAAGCUCUUUAUGAUUCUGGUCACUUGCGUUGGGGUUACGGUAUGGUUCCUAUCCUCUUGUUCGUUACUUCUUUCCCUCUCCUCGCCAAUCUUUGGCGACUUCAAUACAAGGUAAAGAAGAGUGGCCUUAUUGAAAAAUACAAGCAAGAAAACAAUAUUCAAGAUGUAAAGAUGGGCAUCUUUGAAAGAAUUCAAUGGUUGCUUAUCGAACUUGAUGUGGUCGGUAGUCUUCUCUUGAUCGCCGGUCUCUGUCUUAUUUUACUUCCCUUGGUGCUUGCCAAUACAACAUGGGGUGGCUGGGGUAGUGGUAUCACCAUUGGUACGCUUGUGGGUGGCGUUGUUGCCUGGGCUCUUUUUGCGCUUUGGGAAAUCAAGUUCUCUAAAAAACCCAUCAUUCCUCUUGCCCGAUGGGAUACGCGUACGCCUCUGUAUGGUGUCUGUGCCCUCUCGACGGUCACGAUCAUUUCUUCUACCAACUGGCAAUACUACACUACGUAUUUGAUGGUCUCUCGUCGAUACACGUCUGAACGAGCUCAAUUGAUUGAACGAGGCUAUAAUGUGGCCUAUAUCCUUUGCGAAGUCGUAGCCGGUUAUUUGAUGAAGCGUUUCCGUGUCUGGAAGCCGUUUGUGUGGACCGGCGUUGCCUUGACCAUCCUCGGUGUCGGUCUUAUGAUUCCUGCUCGUCUUCCUUCUUCUUCAGAUGCCUUUGUUGUUAUCUCACAAACGAUUGUGGGUAUUGGCUCUGGUUUCUUGUAUACCCCCAUGUUGGUCGCUAUCCAAAGUUCUGUCCCUCAUGAAGAUAUGGCUGUCGCUACUGCCAUGAUGCAAAUUGGUGGUUCUAUUGCUGCCAGUAUUGGUUCUACCAUGGCCGGUGCUAUUUGGAACAACAUGCUUCCUGGUCAAAUUGCUGAACAUGUUCCUGGAGAGUAUGAUUAUGCCAAAAUUGUGGGUAAUGUUGUGUACGCACAACAACUGCCUGACGAUCAAUGGGCUGGUGUUGUUCAAGCUUAUGGCUACAUUCAAAAGAUUUUGUCGAUUAUUGCUCUCUGUAUUGCUGUUGUCACUUUCUGUUUCACGAUACCUAUGAAAUCGUUUGGCCUGGAAGCACAUGAUGAAACGGAUGUGUCUGCUGGUUCAGAGCAUUCCAAUAGUCUUGAUAAGAAAGAAACUCAAGAAAAUUACAAGCCUACUGAAGAGCUCUACAAGCCUGAUAAUGAUAAAGCUUAA